AUGAUCCGCAUUUUACAUCGGGGAGCUCGAUGCCCUCAUCCCAUGUGCAAUCAGGCCAACCGGUUUCAACAUACACUGGCGGAGACACAGGCAGUGGCGGAGAUACCGGCAGUGGCGGCGACAUUAGCGGAGAAACAGGCGGUCCAGGCGGCGACGUCGGCGGCGAUCAGGGCGGUCCUGAGGGACCCCCUGGUGGCGACAAUGGGGAUACCGCCAGUGGCGGAGAUACCGGCAGUGGCGGCGACGUUGGGGGAGGCGAGGAUGGCCCCCCACCGAUCGGUGCUGGCGGAAAUGGCGGAAAGGUUGGGAAGGGAGGGAAGGGAGGGAAGGGUGGGAAGGGCGGAAAGGGAGGAAAGAGCGAGAAGGGAGGGAAAUGGGGCAAAGGGGGACAGGGAGGGAAACCUGGUAACCAGCAGGGCGGGCCUGGCGGAGAGCAGGGGGUACCUGGCGGUGAGCAAGGGGGGAUCCGGCGGAGAGCAAGGGGGAUCUAGCGGAGAGCAGGGCGCGGCUGGCGGGGAGCAGGGGGGAUCAAGGGGGGGGGAGGGUAGCCAGACCGCCGGCACGACGAGCACCGGAAAGGGCGGAAAGGCUGGAAAGGGCGGGAAGGGUGGGAAAGGAGGGAAGGGGGGCAAGGGUGGAAAGGGUGGCAAGGGUGGAAAGAAGUAA